AUGUCUGAGGGGUGUGAACUGAGUGAGUUUCAACGUGGAGAGAUUAUUGGCGCCUGGAAAAUGGGCCAUAAGGUUGCUGAAAUCUCCAGAGCGUUAGACCACCCGUACAUGACGGUCAAAGAUAUCAUAAAACGUUAUGAGGCUCGCCUUACUGUAAAAACUGCUAGUCGUAGCGGUCGACCAUCCAAAUUAGACAACCGUGAUGUAAGGCAUUUGGUAAAAGAUCUUAAGAAAGAUCGGGGUGUGGCAGUUGAACAACUGACCAAAGAGUUUAGUGAAA